AUGGAAUCUCAAACAGUAAUCCUUCCACUAGCAAUAUUAUUGGCCAUUCUCUUCCAGUCUGCAGGGGCUUAUGCAGCAACGUUCACGAUCAAGAACAAUUGUCCGUUCACAGUUUGGCCAGGAAUCCUAACCGGUGGUGGAAAGCCUCAGAUAACUACCACCGGCUUCGAAUUACUCUCCAAAGCAUCAAAAACCAUUGACAUCACAGUGUCAUGGUCCGGUCGUUUCUGGGGCCGAACCGGCUGCACCACUGACGCCACUGGAAGGUUAGUUUGCGCCACAGGAGACUGUGCCUCGGGACAAGUCACAUGCAACGGUGCUGGUGGAAUUCCACCAACAUCGCUAGCGGAAGUCUUCCUGGCGGAAAAAGGGGGUACGGAUUUCUACGAUAUAAGUCUCGUCGACGGCUUUAACGUGCCAGUUUCGAUCAGUCCACGAGGCGGGACCAAACCGAGUGGUGGUCCGUGCGUGUCAACAAGCUGUGGUGCGGACGUGAAUGCGGGGUGUCCACCGGAAUUGGCUGUUAGAGGCCAUGGUGGAGGUGUAAUUGCUUGCAAGAGUGCUUGCACUGCUUUUAAUAAACCGCAAUAUUGUUGCACUGGGGCGUAUGGUUCACCGCGGACUUGCCAUCCUUCCCAUUAUUCUCUGUAUUUUAAGGGAAAGUGUCCUGAGGCUUAUAGUUAUGCUUAUGAUGACCCUACUAGCACUUAUACCUGCGUUGGUGGUACUGCUAACUAUGCUAUCACCUUCUGUCCUAAAAAUUUUCAUUGA